GUCCACAUGGAGGGCUACCAGGUGAGCAAUCAGUGUCAGUCUGUGGUGAAGGACAGGUGCCUAAUCCCCACCAAAGAUGCCCCGGAGUUAGCUUACAUACGGGAGUCUACGUCUGAACAAUAUGUUCCUGAUGUUUACUUUAAGGAGAAAGAUCAGUAUAAUAAUGAAGUUGUUCGCCUUGGAAGACCAUUGCCUGUAGAAUACCUACUGCUUGACUGUCCAGUGUCAACACCAAAUGAACCAUUGUAUAGUUUUGCAGUCAAUGCCUCUAAUUUCCCAGUGGCAAACAGAUUAGUAGAAGGGCAUUUACAAGAUUUCAACACAUUAGCAUCAUAUCUACAAAAGUUCAGUGAUGAGCAGUUUUUGGAAGCAGUGUCUGACUUUCAUGUACUAAUAUUUAUUGCUACAAUGGACAUGUUACCACUCAGAGAAUAUAUAGGCCCAUUACUAGAAGCAGUGAAAAAGCGUGAUCGAGCGCAAGCAUUGGAAUGGAAACAGUCUGAACAUUGGGCAACUGUGGAACAGUUGGUGAUGGCAUCAGGUGGUGGAGCAGCAGUGCUAGGGGCUGGUGGAGAAGCUGCAGCUGCAGGUUCUAGUGCUCAGUCAUCAUCUUCCUCUACCUCUUGGACUUGCCAACACUGCACAUUUAUCAAUCAAACAGCUAGUGAAAACUGUGAGAUGUGUCACUUACCACGGUGAAUUGACAUUCAGUAACAUAGUUGCGUCUAAAUUGAUACUGAUAUUCAGUGUCAUUGUUUAGCUGAAAACAAAUUUCUGAUUGAUUUCUUUAUGGUGAAAGAAGCUCACAUUAAUAUCAGCUUCCAUACAAGCUGAACAUUGCCAGCUGGAAUUGUUACUUACAUUUUCAUGAAAAUUGCUUGGAUGUUGCCAAGCAUUGUAGUAAGUCCUCAGUGGAGGAUACUUAAAUUUUUACAAAAACUUGGUUGUAAAUUGUUUAAGCCCUCUUCAGUGUAAAAUGUUCAGCUCAGUUUAAUGUUCUCACACAAGAACGAGGUAUAACUUACAUUUUUAAAAGCUUGACACAUAAAUAUGAAAGAUAAGAAGAUUGAGAGAGAGAGAGGGGGGGGGGGUUGGAAACAAGUAAAGAUGCAUGCAAAUGUACAUCAUGGAUGACUAAGCUAUACACAAAGCAUCUGUCCCUACUUUCAAUAAUAGUGAUUUUUAUCCUUUUUAUACUUUUUUCAUGAAGCGUAAUGUUAAAAAGAAGUUUGUGAGUUUCAAUAGUGUGUAACUACUGAUUGAAAUAAAGAUGAAUGUAUAGCAUUUCUGUAUUGUGUUAACUAGUAUAAGAGAGCUGUACAGACAAGUUUCUCAACCUCUUAAAAUCCGCUGGACUGGCAUUUGACUGUUCAGUACCCUUGGUUAUAUUAGUGAUGUGUGUAAGUUAUUUGUAUCAUAAUUAAGGGAUAUUUUGCAAUUUGAAAUUAGAGGUGAAUAUUUUUUAUUACAUCUUAUUCUUUUCAAAGUGGUACACAUGUGGACAUAAACAUUUGGAAGCCUUUAUCCUCUUCUCUAUUACCAUUAUUUUCAGGUACAUUAAUAUUUAUAUAACAAAGAAAAAAGAGUCCCACUGUGCUAAGGCUUUAUAGGAGAGCAGUGCAAAGUAAUAUGAAAAUCAGAUUGUGAAGUUAAAUUGUUUAACUAGUUAUUUUUUAACUUUAACAUGUUAAAAUUUUAAUGGAAUGAAGUAGCUAAAUCUUGUGUGAUUUUUUUUUUUUUUUUCAUAUUGUUUUGUUUGUUUUUUGUAUUUAAUUUCCUUUUUUGUGUGUCAUUUUAUAUGUCAGAACAUUUACAUAUAACCCGGUUAUUAUUGUCGAUUAACACAUUCACCAAAAUAGAUACUUUUUUGUGUGUUAUACAGUUUUAGAAUUUUUACUUGUUUCUGUUUUUUUUUUUUUUUUUUUUCCCAGUAGAUCUCCCAGUUACUAGCAUUUUUCUUUUUGCUCAUUCACAGCAUUGAGUCUUUGGAUAAUUCAGCCACAGAUCAUUUGCAAGGCCAUCCACAAUUUUGUACCCAAAAGUAUUUGAUUGGAUAAAAGGGAACCUUUAUUACAAUCAUUGGAAAAGUGUAGGAUUUUGGACAGUAUCUAAAAAUUUUGGUAGUUGAGGUACUAAAAGAUCAGGACACAUUUCUUUAUUUUACCUCAUUGCAGAAUGCAUUAUAUGAGGAUGACCAUACUGUGUUGGCACCUGUUUUGGAAAAAAAAAAAAUAAUAAAAAAAAUAUAUAUAUAAUAAAAAAAAAUACCAGCUGAAAAACAGUGGAGUGACACUCUUUAUGUGAGCCUUUGCUGAUGCUACUUUUUGCACCUGCUGUUGCUAGCUUGUACAGGACCCAUUGUGGUUAGGUAGCUUAUUAAUAAAAUUAUUUCAAGUUUGACCUAUUUGUUAACCUAAUGUGUGCGGGCUUUUUCGGCAUCCACUUGGGCCGCCAAAACGGGGUUUAUCUGUAUGAACUGGGCGACUGCGCUGGGAUAUUUCUCUUGUGCUCACCUCAGCGACUCGCAUCCCAGCCGCUCGCCGAAAUUUGACAGGCAUGAUUGCUCUGACAUCAAUUUUUGAAAUUUGUGUUUUUACAUUUUCAAAUACUCACUGUUGCCAACAUUUUGACUUUACCAAAGUAAUAUCCAAUUGAAGUAAUAUUGAAUACUCCAUAUUAGCUGAUCAUUGUGUUUUUUUGACCAUGAAUAGAAGAAUCAAUAUUGUAGGGGACAUAAAAUUAGUAAUUUUUCAUUAUUUUCAAUUUCUUAAAAUGAACUUUACGAGUGAUAUUAUUCCUUAUGUAGUGAAUGCCACAUACAUGAAGAAAUCAACAUGUAACGUAAACCUAAGUUCGUAAAAUGAGGUUUAUUUGCACUAGGAAGUACCUUUCUGUGGUAAUUUCGAAACCUUCAUAAACCUAUAACUACCUUACAGUUUGAAAAUGGAAAAAAAAAUCUAUGCCCACAUCAAUUAAAUAAAUAUAUUAUUUAAUUAAAUUUAAUUAAACAUUAAUUAAAUAUAUUGAUUAAAUUAAAUAUACAUCGAUUAACACCCUGAGGCAAAGUUCAUACACGCACACACACACACACACAUAUCUCACACACGCACAUGCACACACGCACGCACGCAUGCACACACAGAGAUGGGGAAGAGAGAGAGAGAUAUUUAAAGAAAGAGAAAGCGAAAGAUGAGAGAGAAUAGCGAAAAAUGUUUUAAAAAAAUUUACGAUAUAACAUCUAUGCCACAUCUCUUGUUUUUGCGGGUUUUCAACCUUUAUCCUCAAUUCGUUCCCAUGUAAUUGAUUCCACCCGCAAACUGAGUCCAGACAGCCAUGGCUUCAUAGUAUAUGUCACCCGUGAUCAAGGUUAAAUCCUCUAUAUCAAUUUAAUUACUUUUUAUCUUGUGUUAAAGAAUAUGAAAAAGAUUCCCAGUCUAACAAUGAGUAUAUAAAAUUUUAGGUAAUUGUCUUUAUUCUAUUCACUUUCUCAUUUGUCUGAAAGAGACGGGGCAUAUUGUAUAAUAUAUAGUAUUUUAAGUAACCUCAGCUCAGUGAACUUUUACUGGUAAGGUAAUUGUAAAUGCAAACACCAAAAAGCAAACUACAAUUUAUUAAGAAUAUAAAAUUGAUUAUUACAAUUAUAAUGCCGAUAGAAAAAAAUGCUAAAAUUUUUAUUACAAUUCUUUUUAUUACCAAGUCACUUAAUCUGUUUAAUAGUUUUAUAUCUAUAUGAAAAUUAAAUUCUUACAAGUUUUUUUUUCUCUUACUGCCAUCAGUAAUGCACAUGUACAUUCCUCUAUGAUUAUAAGUAGAAGUAGAACCAUUAGUUAACAUGAACCUUGAUUCUUUACAUUUUACACAUAAUUACCACCAGUAGACAAAACAUCAAUUACAACCUAUUCCUGUUUUCAACAAAUUUGUGAAGUAUCAAUUUCAUAGUCACGGAUUGUAUAAUUGCAGCACAUGCAAGUAGAUAUGGAAAAGCAAAUAUAAUUUACUGGUACUCGGAUAAAAAAAAAUAAUAAUAAUAAAAAAUAAAAUAAAUAAAUAAAUAAUGAUUUAAAAAUACAUAAAGGAAAAAAAA